AUAUGAACUAUGAAGUGCAAAAUACAGGGGGAGGAAUUUUUUCCCCAUUUAUGGGCGCAAACGAAGCAGAGGUUGGGCGGCGGGGUAGGUGCAUAAUUGACGGUAGUCAGCCGACAGAGACUGCUUCCGUGCGGCCGAUGCGGGCGGCACGUCCGCCGAAGAAGGGGCGGCUAAACCCACUCUUCGAUCGGUGCUACACUUGUGAGGUAACGUCAGGAUGUGUUAGAGAGUGCAGUGGGCCUGCUGACAUUGUCGCCUUGGUAGAGAUGGCCAAGGUCAUGGUGCAAAAUGCUAGGGAACCAGCAGCUGGCAAGGAGUCCAAAGCAAUGGUGGUACUACGUGAGUUUCAGAAACAAAACCCACCGGUGUUUCGAGGUUGGCCAGAGCCAAAGUUAGCAGAGUACUGGCUUAGUCAGAUGGAGAGGAUUCUGAAUUCUAUGUCCAUAACUGAUGAUCAGACCAGAGUGUCUUUAGCAGCCUCUCAGUUAGAGGAGGAUGCAGUCCAGUGGUGGCGUUUGAUAGAUCGGACUUUGACAUGGCAGGAGUUCAGGGAUUUGUUUAUUGACAAAUACUUUCCACUCAUAUUCCGACAUGCGUUGGAGAAUGAUUUCCUCCAGCUAGUACAGCGUGGCAUAACUGUCACAGAAUAUGAGGCUGAGUUUUCAGAGUUGGCUAGAUAUGCUCAUGAAUUGGUUCCGGAUGAGGAGACUAGGAUUAGAAGGUUCUUAAGGGGACUAAAGGUCGCUCUCCGACGCAGGGUGUCUCUGCUGGAUCUGCACUCGUAUUCGGAGGCUGUUAAUAGGGCAUUGGCUGUGGAGGAGGAGUUAGAUAACAAAAAGAGUUUUCAAAGAGAGAAGCCACAAAGGGAUCCAGACCAGAGGAGUUGCUUUAAUUGUGGACAACAGGGACACUACAAGAAUAGCUGCCCACAUAACAAGAAUGGGUGCCCACAGAGAGAAGCAAGGCAUGAUUUUCCCGCUAUUGUGGGCCUUCGGGCAUCCUGUUAUCAUCCUGUUUCUUUUUCUUCCUUGCGUUUCGAUUCGUUACAGAGUAGUCUCAUUUACAUUGCAUAUUUACCGAGUUAUGUACAUAAUUGCAUUCACAACAGGUUAGGGUCAAACUUUUUAUCCACAAGCAAAUGAUCUAAUGAUGGACGAUGGAGGAGAAAUAAGCUGGACUGGGUUAUUAGAGUAUAUAUCACAUUGAGUCACAAAGUCGAUUUUUUCAUGGGUUGGGUUGAAGUUGAAUGACUGUUUAGACUUAAGAGUAGUGAUGGGAUUGUAGUAUCACUAUUUGAGGCAUUCGGGUAAAUCACUCAAGACAUUAGAGGGUUUAUUUAGGGUAGUCAAAAAGUGUAUGAUAGCCAGAACUUACUAUACCAGUUUUUUUGGGGUACUUUUUGCUUCCUCUUGGAGAUUGUCAAGUGACCACCCGCACAGGAAUUCAUAGCCGGCAGUUAUUAUGCGAAGUCAGAUAUUCACCUUGUAAAUUGGUAGUUAACACAUAAAUUAUCUAUUUGUAAUU